ACGAGAACGGCAACAAAACUAAAACCAAUGCGAAGUCAAAACAGCGAAAGAAGUAUCAUUCCUGACAUAGACGUGUUCAGUUGUGUCUUGUAAACCAGUUCGACAAAUCGUAGUUAUUUUCCUGCUUCAUUUAAGUUUUGUUCACCUUUGUCGUGUGCCAUUACAUAGUAUAUCAGUUACUUCCAGUGAUUUUUAGAUGUUUUGUUAAAGCCUGCGUUGACCGUUUUGAAGUUGAGUUGUGUUUGAUUAUAAUCCAAUUGUACAUUGUUAUUGAUUUGAAUCUGAAGGUGCUCAAAGUACCAAGCAACUGCAACUGCUUCUAAAAGUACAACUGGAGGGAUAUGUCCAAGCCGAAGGUGCUCAUACUUGGAGGAUGUGGUUUUAUUGGACGACAUAUGGUAGCCUACUUGGAGACACAUGAGUUAGCAGAGAAGAUUAAAAUAGUGGACAAAACACCACCACAAAUGGCAUGGUUGAACAAUCGGCAUGCAGAAGCCUUUGCAAGCGCACGGGUAGAGUUUUGUAGUGCCAAUCUUAUAAAUAUAAACUCUUGUCAGAAUGCCUUCAAAACGGACGAUCCGGACGGCUGGGAUUAUGUGAUCAAUUGCGCUGCAGAGACAAAACCGGGCCAAACUGAUCCAGUCUAUCAGGAGGGGAUUCUCAAGCUGACGUUGAAUUGUGCCAAAGAAGCUGUGAAAUAUCGUGUAAAACGAUUCGUCGAGCUGAGCUCGGCCAGUAUGUACUCCAGUGAAAAGAUACCGCAGAAAGAAGACUGUCCCAUUGAACCUUGGACAAUGGUAGGUAAAUACAAAGCACUGGUAGAACAAGAGUUGAACAAGAUUGAAGGACUAAAAUUUACAAUUCUAAGAUUACCUAUUUGUUACGGUACAGGCGAUAGAAAGGGGCUGACACCUCGCAUCAUAAUCGCUGGGAUUUACAAAUACCUCAACGAAACAAUGAAACUGCUCUGGACUGGCUCAAUGAAGAUGAAUGUAGUUCAUGUAGAGGAUGUUUGCUGUGCUCUAUGGUAUCUAGUGCAAAACGAGAAAACUAUCGGUGAAACGAUCAAUAUUUGUGAUGACAGUGAAGCAACCCAAGAUACGAUAAGUGAUCUUCUCUCAGAUGUUUUCGGCAUUAAGACUGACUACUGGGGCAUCGCGCUAUCCAGUAUGACCAAGGUAGACAUGGCCGGGGCAAUCGAAGAAAUCAAUGAUAAACAUCUCGGCCCCUGGGCUGAACUUUGCCAGAAGGACGGUGUACUUAACUCUCCCCUUACACCUUACAUGGACCAAGAACUGUUGCUUCACAAGCAUCUCAAUAUAGACAACAGUAAACUGAAAUGCUUGGGCUAUGAGUUAAAGCAUCCUACAAUAAACCGGAGGUAUUUGGAGGACAUAAUUAAAGAUUUCACUGCAAUGAAUCAUUUUCCCAGAUCAGUGGUCGAUAUUUAAAGUUUUCCCUACUAUUUGAAACUCAAUUGCUCAAUUGUGUUUGUGCGUAAAACGACAAUGUGAUAUUGCAUUUGAAAUUUGAUGACAUAGUAUUAAAUUUAACAACAAGUAAAAAGAAGGAAUAAAACAAUUGGAAGCUAUAAGCAAUUCAGGGUUAUUAUCUAACGAUAAUCUUUUGUGUUUCUAAUUACGGUGCAAAGUAAUUCAAGAUCAUAUGUGCCGUACGAUUGGUUGAAUAAUUAAGUGAAACAGCAAAACAUUACAUAGUAUGAAAUAUUGGCAAAUGUUUAUAUCAUGUAAAGAAAUCCGAACUAUUGAUUGUUGAUCAGUAACUCCCAUGUAUUAGUAUAUUUUCCAGAUUUUUUUGGAUAACGUGUUAGGAACUUCUUUUCUCAGUACUUAUCCAGCUCAAGUAAACAAAUACAUGUUAAAAAAUCGAUUGCAGAAAUGCAGAAUCAUAACCUUGAUACAAGGCUGGGUUCAUAUAGAAGAUGGCAGCGUUCGGUUAUUAAUACCUAAACUCGAUUGAUGGAUGAUAAAACUGAUGGUUUAUUAUUAAAAUCUAAACAACUUUUCAUACAGACAACUUUAAUGGCCAAUUUACCAUUUUUACGAGAAAACUAUGUACUACUGAGAAGUGUUAGUGCGUAGUGAGAAGAUAAAGUAUUUUUGUUCAACAAACGAUAUUGCUUAAGAGUAAACGGAAAUGUUUUACAUUUUCAAAGUUUAUCCAGUCGACUACGAAACUUCAAAAGUUAAUCUAAACCACUUCAACCAAUUAAUUAACCCAGAAGAUGCAAUCCAUAAUGAUACUUAUUAUUGACUAUUAGUUAUGAAACAUAUAGUGAUCUUUCUUAUUCCCAGAAGGUGACGAAAAUGUUAUUCAAUUAUUUCAAAAGAGUAGACAAUGUGCCUAAAAUAGUAGCAAAUAAACUAGUAAAACAGAAACAA